AUGGAACAACAGCAACAACGUUACAGUUACAACCCAACUCUGCGUUGGAAUCCCGAGGUCGAUUCCUACUUGUCCCACGCUUAUGAACCCGACCAUUUCUCCCGCAUCUCCAAAGCUCUCACGCGGCCGUCUUGUUAUUCAUGUAUAAGAGUGAACACACUCAAGUCCACACCGGAUUCUGUUAUCGAAAAGCUGAGAGAUAUUCUGAAAGGGGCUUCAAUUUCCAAGUGUGAAGUUGAAGGUUUGGAGUACUUGGUGUUUGUUAAGGGCACAGGUCCCCACUCUGUUGAUUACGGGUGUGAUGAGGAUGGCAAUGUGAACCCUCCUCUUAAGGAGAUUCUUGUUAGCCGGAAAUGCGCCGAGGCGGUUCUUCGUGGUGCCGAGGUGUAUGUUCCUGGUGUAUUGGCUUGCAGUGCUCAUGUGGAGAAAGGGGAUGAGGUGGCGGUUUCGGUGUCGGUUGAGCAGCCCGGUGCUGAGGGGGGAUGGGUGGUUGGGAUCACUAGAGGGACUAUUCUGCAAGGUGCUGAGACAGAUCCUUAUCAUUUUGAACGGAGCGGGCUGUACAUCGGCAGAGGUAACGCAAUGAUGACUAGGUCUGGCAUUUUUCGUGCUCCUGAAGGAAUUGCUGUGGAUUUCAGUGACCGAGUAUAUAAUCUGCCGUCCUUUCGUGGCGUUCUUGAGGGGGAAAUAUUUCUUCAAAAUCUGCCAAGCAUUGUAACUGCUCACGCUCUAGAUCCUCAAAAAGGUGACCGCAUACUAGACAUGUGUGCUGCACCCGGAGGGAAAACAACUGCAAUUGCAAUUCUUAUGAAGGAUGAAGGGGAAAUUGUUGCUGCUGAUAGAUCUCACAAUAAGGUACUGGAUAUUCAGAAGUUGGCUGCUGAAAUGGGCCUCAGUUGUAUUACCACUUGCAGACUUGAUGCUCUGAAAGCUGUUUGUAGUAGGAAUGAAUCUGAUGAUAUAACUAAACUAUGCUGCACUAACGAUAAUCUUGAUGCAACAAUUCAAGGUUUCAACUUGAUGAAGUCAGAAGUAGAGAAAAUUGAAGUGAUUGCCGAAAAGGAUCUUAAGAAAAAUGUUACCAAUGAAAAAGCGAAUGAGAGAACUUACAUUAGCAGAGCUGACAUCAGGAAGGACAUGCGUAGGAAACGGAAUGGUCCAGGGAGAAAUCAGUGCGUGGGUGGUAAGGCUGAGAAGUCAAAAGGCUUUGCUGCCAACAGCUUUGAUCGGGUUCUUCUUGAUGCUCCCUGCUCUGCACUUGGUUUAAGACCCCGACUGUUUGCUGGAGAGGAAACAGUUGAAUCUUUGAGAAAACAUGCCAAGUAUCAAAGAAAAAUGUUUGAUCAGGCUGUUCAGCUAGUUCGCCCAGGUGGAGUUCUGGUGUAUUCAACAUGUACAAUAAAUCCUGGAGAGAAUGAAGCCGUAGUUCGUUAUGCUUUGGAUACCUAUAAAUUCCUAUCCUUGGCGCAACAGAACCCCAGAAUUGGAGGACCUGGUUUAGUUGGCCAUUUUGAAUUUCCUGAUGGAUAUACUGAGGAGUGGCUGAGACUUGGUCAGGAAGAACUUGUUCAAAGGUUUGAUCCUUCGUCUCCACUUGAUACAAUCGGAUUUUUCAUUGCCAAGUUUUUAGUUGGAUCAAAAGAGGCUGACUUGGAACAACCUGCAACUUGACAGAACUAAGAACUCAGGUUGUGUGUUCUCCAUUUAAUCUAACUCAAAUUGAAAGUCAGCCAGCUAGAAAAAUCUGUUUGCAUCGAUCUGGAAUGUCACGUAAG